AUGUCGGGCCAGGACGACGCCACGAAGAAGCCGGGCUUGGGCUUCAAGCUCAACGUCAAGGCGGGCUUGCGCCGGGGCGCCACCGGAGGGAGCGGCAAGGCGGCGCAGAACGACGCGGAUCGGCAGGUCAUUCGCGGGCUCGAUGGCGGCACCGUCAUCAGCGAGGACGGCGCGCCCGCGAGGCCCAAGGGCGAGCUGGUCAUCCCGAAGAUCGAAAACACCUUCCAGGUGGGCGUCGGGCGGCAGGUCGCGCCCCCCGGCGCCGCGGCCGCCAGGCAGGCCGGCUCCAAGGUCCCGAGCUUCGUCCCCGAGGCCAGCAACGCGGGCGCGACGACGGGGGAGCGCUUCGAGACGGCGGCGGAGGAGCAGCGCGCGGCGGUCGCCUACGGCCUGGAGACGCGGCGGCGCGAGCCCGCCGCGGGCGCGGCGGACGACGCGGACGGCGGCGGAGAGGGCGCGGCGCAGCCGCUGUCGACGCGGCUGCGCGGGCAGGCGGACCUGAGGAGGCUCGAGGACGCGGCGUACAGGGAGGACAUGGAGCGGCUGCCGGACGGGCCGGACCUGGGCGCGUACGAGGCGGUGCCCGUCGAGCACUUUGCGAUGGCGAUGCUGCGGGGCAUGGGGUGGAAGGAGGGGAUGAACGUCGGGAGGAACCAGGCGGGCAAGGUGCAGGCGGUCAAGUACGUCGCGCGGCCGCCGCGGCUCGGCCUCGGCGCGCAGCCCGCGGAGACCAAGCGCGAGAAGGCCUUCAUCAAGCCAGGCGAGAAGCGGGGUCCGCAGGAGCAGCUGGUGGCCCUGAACGAGCACGGCGCGGUGAAGAACGUCGUGGGGCUGGACGAGAAGCUCGCGAGGCGGCCGGUUAAGGGCCCCGCUGUCGGGAAGGCGAUGGAGGUGGUGGAGGGGCGGCACGCGGGGCUGCGGUGCGAGGUGCGGGAGCUGGUCAAGGAGGCGGGGCGGUCCGACAGGGCGCGCGUGCGUCUGACGGCGUCGGGGGCGGAGGUGGUGGUGCGGUGCAGCGAGCUGGGGGAGCUGGGCGAGGGCGAGGCGCGGCGGAGGCGGGAGCGGGAGCGCGCGGGGCGGGAGCGCGCGGGCGAGCGGUCGGCGAAGCGGGCGCGGGCGGAGGAGGACCGUGGCGCGCGGGACGCGGGGUGGGUGAUGCCGGGGAUCCGCGUGCGCGUGGUGGACCGGCACGUGGGCGGCGGGAAGCUCUACCUGCAGAAGGGCGUCAUCGUCGACGUGACGCGGCCGAGGGUGUGCGACGUGCGGAUGGAGCACAACGGGACGGUGGUGUCGGACGUGCGGCAGGCGAGCCUCGAGACCGUGGUGCCCAAGGCCGCGGGGGGCCGCGUGAUGGUGCUGCGCGGGGCGUUUCGCGGGCAGGUGGGGUCGAUGCUGGCGCGCGCGAUGUCCGACGGGCACGGCGCGGCCGCCGUGCAGGUCGGCGACGACGCCGAGGUGCUGCGGGUGUCCCUCGACGACGUCGCGGAGGUCGCGUGA